CGCAGAUCUCGCUUCGACGAACAUGGCCAUUAAGGACGAGGUAGACAUCAAUGACUUGGCUGCUUACGACUCGGAGGAUGAUGUUAUCGAUGAGCCAGAGAAGGAAAUCGGUAAAAAGGAGCAUCAUGGGACGGUGUCGGCAGUGAGCUUCCGAGACUUUUUGUUGAAACCCGAACUUUUGAGAGCUAUAGGCGAAUGCGGGUUCGAAACACCAUCAGAAGUGCAACAAGAAUGUAUACCCAGAGCUAUCACAGGCACGGACGUGAUAUGUCAGGCUAAGUCUGGCAUGGGAAAGACGGCAGUUUUCGUCCUGUCCGUGCUGCAGAGAAUCAAUCCGGUAGAGAAGCAGGUAGCGUGCAUCAUUUUGUGCCACACACGCGAACUGGCACACCAAAUUAAGAACGAAUUCGACAGAUUUAAAAAAUAUUUGCCGUCUGUCAAAACGGCCGUUUUCUUUGGCGGAACGCCUAUUUCGACUCAUCGAAACCAACUGAAGACAGAGGUUCCCCACAUCGUAGUAGGGACGCCGGGACGCACCUUGCAGCUAGUCCAAGAGGGGGACCUAAAUUUGAAGCACACUCAAUGCUUUAUAUUGGACGAAUGCGACAGAAUGUUGGAAGACGUGCGCAUGCGCAGAGAUGUCCAGGAAAUAUUCAAAAUCACGCCUCACGACAAGCAGGUAAUGAUGUUUUCGGCAACGCUGUCUGAAAACCUGAGACCAAUAUGUAAAAAAUUCAUGCACGAUCCGCUGGAGAUCUAUAUAAACGAUGGCUCGAAGCUGACUUUGGAUGGGCUUCAACAAUACUACGUCCAGCUUGAGGAGAACCAGAAGAACAGCAAGCUCGCUGACAUAUUGGACCAGCUGGAAUUUAAUCAAGUCGUGAUCUUCGUUAAGAGCAUUCCAAGGGCCAGCGCGCUAGGCUUGGUGCUGAACAAAGUCAAUUUCCCGGCCAUUGUCGUCCAUAGCAGAAUGGAGCAACCAGAGAGGAUAGAAAGAUAUCGAAAAUUCAAAGCGUUCGACUCCAGAAUUCUGGUGUCUACAGACUUGUUUGGACGCGGCGUCGACUUUGAAAGAGUCAAUGUCGUGGUCAACUAUGACAUGCCGAUCGACGCUGACACUUAUUUGCAUCGCGUCGCGCGCGCGGGAAGGUUCGGCACAAAAGGCGUUGCAAUUUCGUUUGUUGCCAGCGAAGAUGACGCAAAAGUCAUUAAUAGCGUCCAAAACAAGUUAUAUGUCAACAUUCCUGCUAUGCCUAAGCAAAUCAACCCUUCUACUUAUAUGACAGCUUAGCUCAUACUCAAUUAUUCUAUUCCUCUCUCUGUGUCACAAAAGCCUCUAAAACCCCACUUAUAAACACACUUACCUGAUCACUCAUGUAUAUCUCGAUCUUUCCUGCUACUUUCUACGCGAAAACCUAUAUAAGCUGUUUUCUUGUCUCUUUCUUGUUUCGCAGCACGAGGACUCUCCCAUUCAGGGCUGACGAUGGCCUUCACCUAUCCCCGCAGCCUCUGAGGAAGACUACGCAUUCUGUCCAACGCUCGAUGUCUAUAUCUCGAGACCUGUAGGAUCUGUACUCCUAAAAAAAACCGCUGUAUCAUUUAUUAUUGCUCGGA